GUUGUAUUAUAAAGCAUAAAAUAAAAUGAAGGAUUCUACACUUCCUGAAAAUGUUGAACUUUUACGUACUCGCGUUGUAAUUGAAAAAGAUAGAGUUUUUAGUGUUAGUGGAAGUGAUUAUCCUCAUCAAUAUCCUGGCAUAAGUAAUCAAUUUGAUCUUGAGGAAUUUAAAAAAAAUUUUAAAGUCAAGAUUCAACGUUUAUCUAAACAUAGCAUAGAAUUUGAUUUGAUUGGUGUUGAUGCUUCAAUUGCUAAUGCUUUCCGUCGAAUUAUGAUUGCUGAAGUUCCUACUAUGGCUAUCGAAAAAGUGUAUGUUAUGAAUAAUACUUCAAUUAUUCAAGAUGAAGUUGUUGCACAUCGUUUAGGUUUAAUUCCUAUUAAAGCUGACCCUAACGAAUUUGAAUACAUGACAGAGAGUGGACCUACCGACCUUAAUACACUUGUAUUUAAAUUAAAAAAGAAAUGUGAAUUUAAUCCCAAAGCUUCAGCUGAUGAAACUGAUCCUCAUAAAAAAUAUAUCAAUAGUUAUGUCUAUUCAAGUGAUUUAAUUUGGGAACCUAAGGGUAAUCAGGAAGAAAAGUUUAAAAAUAAUCCUCCAAGACCAGUCCAUGAUGAUAUUGUGAUUGCAAAGUUAAGACCUGGUCAAGAAAUGGAAAUGGAAUUACAUUGUCAAAAGGGUAUUGGUAAAGAACAUGCUAAAUGGUCACCUGUAGCUACAGCAUCCUAUCGUCUUUUACCCGAAAUUACCAUUUUAGAGCCUAUUACAGGUGAAGAUGCAGAAGAAUUUAAGAAUUGUUUUGUAGACGGUGUUGUAGAAGUAGUAAUGGAAAAUGGAGUAAAGACUGCUAAAGUAGUUAAUCCUCGUAAAGAUACAGUCAGUAGAGAAGUUUUACGACAUGAGAAAUUCAAUAACAAAGUUCGUUUAACUCGUGUUCGCGAUCAUUUUAUUUUCAAUGUUGAAACUACUGGAAUUAUUCCUGCUGAACAAAUCUUCCUUUCAGCACUUGAUGUCUUUAUGGAAAAGAUUAAAAAUAUUCAACCACUCAUAGAUCGCUUCACUAACUUUACCUCAGAAUAAAGUCAUUUUCUUUCUUUUUUUUUUUUUCUUAAAUAACAAUAAC